UUCUUCAAAGUGAUCGCUAACAGUUUCAGUUUUGGAUUAAAAAUGAGUGUGAAAGGAACGAUUCUUCAAAUUCUGUUUGCUUUUGCAUUGUGCUCAACUGUUCAAGGUAGACCGGUCUAUGACGACUACUCUGACAAUGAAGUUGAACAAUACUUCGGGACAGAACCGGCCGUAAUAUCUACAACUACUAGAGCUACAACAACGUCAACUCCAACUCCAACUACCGCAGAAACUACAACCGAAUACAAGUAUAAAGAAAUUGCCGAGGCAUACACAGUAGAAGUUCCUCAUUUGCAUUCGAUUCGACAUGCUGCAGGAACGCUCUACUUUGAAUUGCAGCCUGGUGAGGAUCUCCAAAAGAAACUACUACAGGUUCAGCGAGAUUCUUUUGAUGUGCCUUUCUCCAGAACACACCCUCCAAAACAGAACAACCGUCGUGUUGCUCCAUCUAAGGACUAAUUGACUUCUAGCUUUAAUAAAGUUUAGACAUAUAAAUAAUUUACUCAAAUAUUCAAUGAAAUACAUUCCAAGAAGAUUGCGAACA